CAUUCGUCUAUUUCGCCGCUUGUUGGUGGAUCCCAGAGUCGCCGUACUUCCACCUCAAGGAGGGCAAGGUGGACGCCGCUCGAAGGCAGCUUGUCAAAUUGAAAUGCUGUAAGGACGAAAAGGAGUUAGACAACCUUUUAAGUUCGAAGCAAGCAGACGUGAACAAAGAAAUGGAGCGAUCUAGUUCGACGAAGGAAUUGUUCACUGGCCGGCAGUAUAGGAAGGCUCUGAUCAUAUCAGCAGGGUUGAAAGCUACUCAGAUACUGACAGGCAGCGUGACCAUCAAGGAGUACCUGGGCCCCAUAUGCAGGGAGAGUAACAUACCGAAAUAUCAUGAAAGGACGGUGCUCCUCGUGUUCGGAGCGGUCACUUUUGUUGUCGGUAUAAUGUCUACGAUGCUAGUGGACAGGGUUGGCCGUCGGCCGCUCCUCAUCUACUCUUACUUCGUCACAGGGUUGUCACUCGUCGUCGUCGGCGCUUAUUUCUUCCUCCAAGACGUCAUACGUGUCAACCAUGAUUUCUUGGCCAUUUUCGGCUUCAUACCAUUUCUUGCUAUAUUAAUAGCGAACAUUGUCUCGACGAUAGGCUUUAACUCAUUAGUGUCAGUAAUACCAGCUGAAAUAUUCCCUUUGAACGUGAAAGCGGUCGCUAUGACGUCCCUUAACGUGUUCGGCGGCGUGCUAGGGUUCCUAGUAGCGAAAUGCUACCAGAAUGUGAAAGAUCUGGUUGGUUUGACCGCUGUUUUCUGGAUAUUUGGCACUGUUGGUAUCGUAGGCGGUUUCUUUACUUACUUUGUUGUGCCGGAAACUAAAGGUAAGAAUUUGAGGGAGAUACAGUUAAUGUUGGAAGGUGAUUAUACUGCGGUUAAGUUAAACCAAGACGCUGUUAACUGUCAGGUUAACGAAGAAGUACCUUUAGAGGAGGUGAACAUGAACAUCGAAGUUAAAAAAUGAUGUGAUAUAGGUUAAGUCGCAUUUUGUACGUGUUUAUAGUUUAUAUUUACGAUUAAUAUCUUUAUAUUUUAUUCGUUAUAAAAUUGUCUCGAUUGGGUAGCAAAGGCUUUCUGCGUCUCCUUAUACGUCAUUGAAACGCUCGUUCAACGACUGUUAAACGAACGUGAUCUCUAUAGUAAUUAUUUUUUAAGUACACAAUUGACUGACAAUUACUAGUUGCCUAAGAUUUCCGCGAGCGAGUUUACUCGUUCAGUGAGCGCUUUGGUCUACACAAAUUAGGAAUAUCUAUUAGUGUGUUUGAAAUCUAAAAAUGUUAAAAUAUACAGUUUUUUACAUAUUUUGUGUGUGUUGUUUUGCGAAAAAUCACUUUUGAUAGUAUAAAAUCCAAUAAUAAUUAAAGCGUUUCCAGAGAUUGUUUAAAAAUGUCUGUGUGUAGACCCUUAGGUAUAACGUUAUGUAAUUUACGCAAAUAUAUUUGAAGCAAAGUGCUUAUAACUGACUAUUUUGUUUUUACACGUAUGUUAUAACAUUUAUAGAGAUUUUGGUUAAGAUGACUUUACGGAUUUGUGGAUUGUAUGUACUUCUAAAUUAUGCUCAUAAGUGCUUUAAAUAUAUAGAUUAGUAUAAUAAUAAAAUUAUGACUGAAAUUAUGAUUAAAUAAUACAUCACAAUUUUAAAUAGUCGGCCAUCGAAGUCUAUUUACCGCCAUUUUCAAUAAACGAUCCCAAUCGAUUUUUCGAUCUAUCUCAAAAUGGACCAAUCAGAACAUGUUUUUUUUGACAUGCUGACAAAUGAGUUAUUUUGAUUGGUUCAUUUUCGAUAUCGGAUUGAAGAUUGAGAUUAGGAUUAUUGAUUGAAAACGGCUGUAGGUGAUAUAUUCUACGAUGUGUAAUAGCGGGUACAGAACAGGCGAACGAGCGCAUGUUAACGAUUCGCCGAUAGAGUGGCUGGGGCACGCGGUUUGCUCACGUUCGUUUGCGCUCGGUCGCUUGGUUUGUAUCCGCCAUUACAAUUCCCUCUUAGUAAGUUUGUUGUAUUGCAGAUGAUGUUAUUUGGGUGAGUAACACCCAGUUUGAUUAGACAGAGGCGUUUUAAAAUUUAAAAUUUUAUAUUAUGAUUGUACUAAAGAUAUAUAUAUUUUUGGACGUAUAUGUGAUGUUCAUUCUUUAUAAUAGACUGUUUCGGUAGUUUAUUUGUAAUGCAUGCGUGGUAUCACCUGUAUUCUGAGGUGUUGGGUUCGAAUCCUGGGUUGGGUAGUGAUAUUUGGGUUGUUCUAUUCGCUAUCAGUUCGGAGUCUGGGAUUUGUACCAGAUAUGGCGAUAUGGUCGACUGUUAUCACAUGGGACAUAACACUUGGUGAAGAGUGGAUGCUUUGCCUAGCCCUUUGGAGUUAAGGCGUGAUGUGUGUUUGUUUGUUUUUCAUAUUUCACAUCCAAAGAUUAAUGUCGUUGCUGAUUUAGUGUGUUUGUAUCUGAUUAGAUAUUACUUAUUUUCCUAUUGUUGUAACUUCUUUAUUUACAAUUGAUAUGUUUUUUUAUGAUACAGAAAAAAGUUACCUUCCGUAUUUCCUAAAUUACUAACAGUGGAAGAAAUAAAUAUUGCACCAUCAUUAAAGAAUUAUAAUACAAAUCUAAAAUGACAAAAAAAAUAAAAAAGAUUGCUCGCUGCUAAAGUCCCGAAUACAAUACGAAUGAAAGAAAAUGGAAUGUUUGAUAUAUUCGGUAAUUAGUGACAUAUUUAUGAGUGGUUUUAAUUUUAGUCAUGAAAAAGCAUUUGAUAAAAAAAAUUCAGCACAAAUUUAAAGAAAUCAAGCAAUUAAUGGUAAGAAAUUUUGGUGAUAUUAGUGUGAUAAUCGUUUGAACUGGUUGACAAUUGGCAAGGAUCUCAAAGAUUAAAAAAGUGUGUGAAAAUAGCUUUGAUUGCUUGAUACUUAUUGAGGCUUGUAACAAAUAUUUUCGAUGAAAUAUUUUGUAUUCUUUAUAUUACGUAAAUAUUGUAUCCUUUAUAUUAUAAUUGCUCCUAAGUAAACUAUCGUAUCUAAAUAAUAGUGAUUUUCACUUCUUAACGUUUCGUUAUCUAUUUACUGUUAACCGAACCCAUUAAAAAAUCUUCAUUUAUUAACUUUUUUUUUGUGGAUUUGGAACUGAAUUAGUAAAUAGAGAAAGCUGAAGGGUCCAUAUUACAGUACAUAGAUAACAAAAUGCUAUGAUAGUGUUAAUCUCAUUUUUUUCAUAUACGACAGUUUACUUGGGAGCUGUCGAUAAGUAUCUUAAGUUUAAACACAAUUAAGUUUCGAGAAUUAUAAUGUUUUAAUAAGUACAUACACGUUUUGUAUAAGAAAAAAGUGGAUAUAAGAAAUUAAAGUGUAAUAUUCCGCGCGGUAUAAAAACUAUGGUGGAAAAGUAAAUAAAUAUGAUAGUUUUGUGAAACAGCGCGUAUCGGAGGAGGCGUAUGUCCAGAUGUACUUUAAAAUAUAGGCUGAUAAUAAUUCCAUAUCCAAAUUAGACUGCCAUAUUAUAAACGUGAAAGAAAUAAUAAAAAAAAUCUCUGGUUGAAGUGGCUCGAUUUAGUUUAUCGUACAGUGCUUAAGUCGUCUUUUUACAUUUUAGCAACAAAGGUUUGUGUUUCUUGUUUUUUUUAUUAUUUUUAAUAAUAUUUUAUAUAAGAUUGUCCUAUAAAAUAGGCAGUACUUAUACUAUUAUAUAUGUUCUCCUAUUAUGUUUUGAAAACAUAAAAUAUUACGUAAUACCGUAACAAUUUUACUAUGGACAUAACUGAAUAUUUUAAAAUAAUUCUGUCAUUGUAAUUUUCAAUUAUGUACAAUUUUUUAAAAUAGCAUCACAAUGCAGAACAUUAUGACAUCACUAUUUGUUUUAUUGUUACAAAUUAUUUUGUAUUUUUGGCAACAUCUGGCUUUAAUAUAUUUUAUCUUAUAGUUUUAAUUUAAUUAUUGGAAAAUCAGCCCUAAUUACAGUGAACGACGUAUAAUAGUUUUAUUUAUAUAUAUGACUUAUACGUAUGUAUGUAUAAAUAUGAAUCUAUUGCUGAAUUAAUAUUUUAAAUUUAUUAUUGUAUAAUAACCCAGUUUCGUAAAUUAAGGGGUUGACAUAAAUUAAAACAUUAUUUAAUAAUAAUUAAUUCUGCACGUGAUUUUUUUUAACUAUAAAUGUCUUCAGAUCUAUUUUCAGUACUUAUCAAAGUAUGUCAAAUAUAAUUGUAUUCAAUCUUUUGAAGUUUAGGAUAAGUGAUUUUUUACAUUUAUAAUAUACGCCUUAAACGAU